GCUUGCGUCUUUUGCAACCGGGCGCACCAUCCUCAUGGUGCGCCGGUUGCACGGUAUAAAUUGCGGAAGAGGUAUGACAGGAAGAACAGCAAGCACAGGUUAAUAGGAACCAGCGUCCUCCCAUCUUCUCGGUACUAUGUAUUUUAUUACAAAAUUUUUCCUUCUAUCUUUGUUCUUUAACAUUUUUUCGAUUAUAACUUUCAUCCCAGCUUUAGAGAUGUUUCGCCGUUGUAAAAUUUGAUUUGGCCUCUGAAAUUGGUUGUCUGUUCUUUGCUUUGUAUUCUUUAUUGUUUCUGCUGUGUCGUAAUAACUUGGGUUCCUUUACGAAAAAAGAACGAUGCUUAGAAAUUGAACAAACUCGAUCCAAUAGAAUUAUCCCAGGAAUCUGAGACGCCCUGGGCUGAAUAGGAAUUAUACUAAGCUCAAAUAUCAGCGGGGUGGGCUAAUUGUGAAAAAUGAAAAAAGUUACACUAAAAAAAUUAAAAAAUUUCUGCCCUGGGUUUCUGAAUUGCAGUCUCAGUGUUAUUACACUGACCAUUACUUAUCCGGAUUAAUUUUUUUGCAAUUUCUGAGAUCACAUUUGUGAGAGUAUAAGGAUAUAUUGAGCUUUCAACUGCACCACAACCAUUAUCAGUUUAUCCCGAGAUUCUCAGAGUAUUUUGUCCAAAAUUUUGCUAAGUUUUGUAUAGAAGUGCAUAGCUCAUCAAAACAGAAAAACUCAUAAUUACUUCUUGAAACGGAAACAUAACCAUCUGUCCAACUCCGGCAGCUCAUUUAUUCUCAUUUAUUCUACGGCCGACUUGAACUUUUGUGUAUGUUAUUGAUUGAAUACGAAGUACAAAAAGAAAAAAAAACCCUCAUCCUUAUGAACCAGUUAAUUUUGAUUUUGUUGUUCCUAGUAAGAAUGUUUAUGCCUGGGUUCUUACAAUUCCUUUGUUUCUGCAGUUAGACGACAUGACGACAGCAGCUAGACCUACUUGGGCCCCUGCUAAGGGUGGCAGUGAGCAAGGAAGGACUCGGAUUUUCGGCCCUUCUCAGAAAUACUCAUCUAGAGACAUGGCAUCUCAUACAAUCUUGAAGCCAAGCUGUUUACUUGAACUCAAUGUUUUUUUAGUGUUUUUUUUAGUUGUGGUGGUGGAGGGAGGUUAAAGGUAUAAAUGUCUAUGCAGCUGUAAUUGUUGAGUGCUUUAUCCUGUGUUCUAACAGAGUUCUACCAAUUUUAUCUACUCCUAUUUAAUAGCAGCUAUAAUUUUAUCUCCUAGAGUUAAAAUCAUGGAUUUGGUUUUACUUUUCGAUAUUGGGACUAUGUGGUGCAGGCUUCACUAUGCAUAAAUUUAGCUGGUAAUUUCAUAAUUUGAUUGGUUAUGUUGCUGCGCGGAAAGGAAGGACAGGAAACUCAGGAUGAAUUGCAGAAGAGGAACCUCAGAGAGGAACUUGAACAACGUGAAUCAAGGCACUUCUCUUCAAGGGACAAGGGCUACAAUGAGGACAGGGAUCGCCGAAAGAGUAGCCAUCUUCUUUUAGAAGGUUCUAAAAGAGAGAGUGAAGACCGAAUUGUUCCACGUAGUGCGGAUGCUGAUGAUGCAGAUAUGGAUGCCAAAAGUGAUGAUGAAAGUGAUGAAGAUGAAGAUGAGGAUGACAUGGAAGCUCUCUUGGCUGAGCUUGGUCAGAUAAAAAAAGAAAGGGCAGAUGAAAAAAUGAGAAAAGAACGGAAACAACUAGAAGAAGAUCUCAAAGCCAAGGAAGCAGAACUCUUAAGAGGAAAUCCUCUCAUAAACCAGCCAACAUCCUUUAAUGUGAAGAGAAGGUGGGACGAUGAUGUGGUCUUCAAGAACCAGACUAGGGGAGAAACAAAAGCUCAGAAGCGCUUUAUCAAUGACACCAUUCGGAAUGACUUCCAUCGCAAGUUUCUGCACAAAUAUAUGAAAUGAUAUCACAGAUUCCAUGCUUGUACAAUCCUCUUUGUUUAAAUGAAUGUGAUUAAUUCGCAAUUUGAGCUUGCCAAGGACAUGUCAUCACUAGUUUACUAUUAUGGGGUAGUCUAAAUGGGGAAAAGAAUUACUUUAAAUAAACAUUUACGCAAUGCCCUUUUCUUGAGUUUCAGCCCACAAUAGACAACUUUUUUGUACAUCAGUUAUAGUGCUCUUGGG